AUGAGUGAUAAGAAUGGACUCGAAGAAGCAUUCAAAGGUGCUUAUGGUGUUUUUGGCUUAACAACUCCAGGAGGUUUUGGAUCCACCGAUCACGAAAAGGAAUUGCACGAAGGGUUGAAUUUAGUUGAAGCAGCUGUUAAGAAUAAUGUCCAACAUUUUGUUUUCAGCUCUUUGGAUGAUGUUACAAAGGCAUCUGGUGGCAAAAUUUCAGUUCCUCAUUUCACUAACAAGAAUAAGGUUGAGCAAGAAGCAAGAAAAACUAAUAUUCCAUUCAAGACCUUUGUUUAUCCACCAUUUUUCGCUGAUAAUCUUCCAGGAAUGAUGUUUAGAUUGAAUGAAGACAGAGCUAGUGCCAUGAUCUUUGCUGGUAUCAAUACUGACAGAAAGAUUCCAGUAUUUGCCGUUGAUGAUUUGGGCAUUGUAGUCUCAGAAGUAUUCAAAAAUCCAACCACUUAUAAUGGAAGAAAGAUUCUUACAGCUGGUGAUUAUGUCACCCUUAAGGAAAUGGCUGAUAUUUGUACUCAAGUUUUAAAUAUCCCAACUCAAUACUUUGCAAUGGAUGCUGAAACUGUUGGACAAAGAAUGGGUUCAGAAGCCAAGAAUAUGUUCACCUAUUUCAAUGAAUGUGGUUACUAUCAAGAUAACGAACAAGAAGCUGUAAAAGAAGCAAGAAAGUUGUUCCCUGAUUUGUUGACUUUUGAGCAAUACGUUAAAAAGAAUAGCCAACUCUUUUUGAAAUAA